AUGAUAUCAUGCACAUGUCGUGUGCAGCGGGCAUUCCAGAACACGAUACUACCAAAACUAGCCAAGACACUAAUUAUCUUAUUGUGGAAACCCUCGUGUCGUGGAACGGACCUCGUUUUGACUGUGCUGACAGUCAUCGCACGUCGUGCAGCAGUUGAGCGCGCUGGGGCGGCGGCAGCGGCGGCUCGCAGUCGCCGGCGGCUGCCAGGUCGCGGGGCUCACAACUCAGCCGCGAGGCGCGGGCGCAGAUCGAAAGUUCGACGCGAGAUCGAGCGCGCAUAUGUAAAUAUCGGCACAUUUACAAGCGAAAGGGUUCACCAGAGCGGCGCACUAACGCAGCGUUGCGCGGGAACCAGUCCGGUGAGAUUCCUACGGCGUCCGAUAGAAAAAUGUCGAAUGAGCUUUGGGUCCAUCACUCGGUACGGGUGUGUGGUACGUAACGCGGCCGCCGCUCGACUGCCGCCCUCCUCUCACCGCCACUGCUGGUAUAUUUAUCGCUUAAUUAUUGAACUCGUCUGUGUAACAAUUAUGAAGCAGCUCGCCGAGUGGCAGGCUCGCAGCGCUGGCGGAGGGCGCGCGGCGCUACCGCGUCUGCGCUGGCGCGUUGCGUCACAACCUCACAGCGCUGCCGCGCCACCGGCGCACGCGCAGCCUUCAGAUUUUAUCUCAACAGUCGACAGCCAAUCCGCUGCUCACCUGCUAUAUCAUUUAAAACAUUAA